GGAAAAGAAAGGAGAAGCAGCGGCGGCAACCGUCGUCUACUGGUAAGAGUGGAGCAACUUUUAAUGGCAUCCACGGACGAGAGCAAGAAGAGGAAGUUGGAGACGGAUGAAGAUGAUGAUAAUGAGGUUUUAAAUUACAUCCUUUGAGAUUCUGCCCCCAUUCCAGGCCCUGUCGUCUGAAGAAGAUGGCCAAGACUUUGCUGAAUCGUCACCCGACCUAGACAUGAUCACAUCUUCUGAACAUUAUUUUGGCAGCAAUGAGGAUGGUUUCUCCAUCAGCAUCAUCGAGAAUAUGAAAGAAGAAUAUGGACUGUUUGUGUGGCCCUGUAGCAUAAUACUAGCCGAGUAUGUAUGGCAAAAGAAGUCACGGUUUUCUAGGGCAAACGUUGUCGAGCUUGGUGCUGGAACUUCGUUGCCCGGGCUAGUUGCUGCUAAAGUAGGCGCAGAUGUAACACUCACCGACGAUUCAAAUAGAUCCGAGGUUCGAUUUCCCAACUCCAUGCGCCAUGCAAUUUUCAACAAAACAAUCGUGCUGGCUAAUAUGAUGAAUGUCUGCAAGUUGAACAAUCUCAACUGUAAGGUAUCGGGGCUCACUUGGGGUCUAUGGGAUGCAAAUGUGUUUGCAUUGUGCCCUAACAUCAUCCUUGGAGCCGAUGUGUUAUAUAAUGUUAGUGCAUUUGAGGAUCUGUUUGCAACUGUGACAUUCCUACUCCGGAAAUGCCAGGAUUCUGUAUUCAUCACCACAUAUCACAACAGAAGUGGGCAUCACCUCAUCGAGUUCCUAAUGGAGAAAUGGGGUUUAAAAUGCACAAAGCUUCUCGAUGGUUUUUCUUUCUUGCCUUCGAACAAGGCAUCCAAUUUGGGAGGUGGUAACAUUCAGCUGGCAGAGAUUAUAAUUGAUGCUUCCUCUACCCAGACCAGUGCAUGUAGAUAGCCUGGUAGCCGAAAAAGUUGGCCGGGCUCAGAGAGAAGUUGUAAACUGCAGGGGUAUGGGUAUGGGGGUGGGGAUGGGGAUGGGGUCGGGCGUGGAUGUAUGAUGGGAGGCAGUGGUGCUCCGGUGCAGCUGCAUAGUAAACGUAGUGAGGGUACCUUUCAGUUGUUGGGUAGUGGUGGUUCUUAUCAUUGGGAGCGUUAGCAAUUCGGGCGAUGGUAUUGGCCCUUGAUCGUUUGGACUGUGGCUUUGCACCUUCUGUUUCUUGUUUCUUGGCUGCCUUGGCUUUCUCGAUUUCCAGCACCUGUUUGUGGAGAGGACCUACGGGGAACUGGCUCUCGAGCUUGUGGUCUUCAAUGCACUUGAUCGCACUUUUCAGUACUAGCAGCAGCUCUUUCUCAUUCUGAAAGGGAAGAGAAGAGAAAUCAAUAUGUUUUAUAUGUAAUCCACUGCAUAUAUGAAUUGUAUAUUUCACAUGUAUUAUGGUUGGUGUAUGUAACAUUAUGUAUUAUGGUUGGUGUAUGUAACAUUUGAAGUUCAAUCACCAACCUUGUUCUAAUUCAUUCGUACAAAAGUGCAUUAUAA